UUUAACUAGGGGGGUGGAACACCAACCUGAUUAUUCUGGGGGGGUUGUGACUUCAAGUUUUUACAGUGAAGUUUAAGAACCACUGAAGGGACUGGAAACAGAGCAGAGGGACAAAUCCUGCAAUUCCAACAAUAAAAUGGAGCCAAAAUGGUCAAAUCCCAUCUGCAAGCUUCGUUUAUUGAUGCUAUGUUUUGUUUUAGUAACAGUCACCAAACCUACAUCAGCUAUUGAAAUACACACCGACCCUGAAGUGAUUGUGCAGAACGGCACCACAGGAACCCUUCGAUGCACCUUCAAGUCGAGCGAAGUGGUCAGCAACUCCACCUCAGUGAUCUGGACUUAUCAUCGGUUUCAAUCUGAUAACUGGUUCACACUUCCAUACCUGGUUUUACUCUUUUCCAACGAGAACGAAAUCAUACCAGAUGAUUAUAAAGAUAGAGUGAAGUUUAUUGGAGACAUGAACAAGAAUGACGUCUCAAUACAGCUGAGCCCGAUUCAGUUCAGCGACAACGGUACCUUCUUCUGUGAUGUAAAGAACCCACCAGACGUAACAGGAACACCGGGUCGAACGAUGCUCAAGGUCGUUCCGAAAGUUGCAAUGAAUACGACAGACAAACUCAUUUACACGAACUUGACUGACACUGACCAGCUUCCAGCAAAGGAGUUGGACAGCAGAGUUGACAGUGCCUCCCCAGUUCUUGGCUGAUUAGUGGGGCUUGCUGUACUCUUUAUUGCUGCAGAUGUUUGCUCCAUGUGAAAACAGCUAAAGUGGCUCUUCUAAUUUGUUGUAUUGCCUGCUUAUUUGUGCUUCACAGAAAGUUAAUAAAACCCUAAAUGUGC